UGACCUGCCCGACGACAUCUGGCACAGUAUUUUCCGGUUUUUCACAGCUGUUUUCCACUAUUUUUGUCUCGAUUUUUCAUCAAAAUGAAGCAGAAGAGCAGUCUUGAGAAACUCCUCCGGCGAAUCGCUCCACAAGCCAUAAUCGUCUUGAUUCUCACUACAUUAAUGUUGGUUGGAGCUGCAAUUUUUCAAAGCAUUGAUCCGGUGCUCGGAGAGCAAUCCUUCUAUGAAGUUGUGUUCUUCGAGUUCAUCACAAUUUCAACAAUAGGCUACGGAAAUCAGUAUCCUCAGACUCAUGCUUCACGAGUUUUCUCAAUAUUCUUCUCAAUUUUGGGGAUUCCUCUUCUUGUAGUGACCCUUGGAAAUUUUGGAAAAUAUUUGACAAAAUUCUACUGGAAAACUCAUGGUUGGAUUUUCUCGGAAAGAACCGAAAGCGAACUAGUAAAUGACAAGGAUAUGCCAGGUAUCGUAAUCGCCUGCCUCUACCUUCUAACAUUUGCAAUUGGCUUCUUCUUUAUUCCACACUCGGGAGCUGCGUAUUCCAUUGAUGACUGCUAUUUCAGCUUCAUCAGUUUUGCAACAGUUGGUUUCGGAGACAAAGUGCCUCAAAUCGAUACAUUUGAAAAGUUCUGUAAAGUGAUUACCUAUUUGGUGUGGGGAACGAUUUUAAAUAUUAUGCUGAUUAGUUAUGUGACUAAUUGGUUUACUCAGCUCUUCGCCCGUCAACCAUUCCGUGGAACCGACGUUGAAGUAAUGAUCGGAGGACAAUGUAUUACUGUAUCAGAGAUCACUUCUCUUGUUGCCAAGGAAUUCCACGCAUCACCUCAUCAAGUCCGUUCGAUUCUUCACGACAUCAAUGGUAUUAUGGAGGAUAUGAAGACCGAAGAGGAUUCAGAGAAAUCUGAUAUUUUGGUUGCUCAGGAUCUUUAAUUAUUGAUUAACAUUGUAUUUAUGUGAAAUAGCUGAACUUGCCUGUGGAAAAUUAAUAAAGAUGCCGGUGUUU